AUGCUUACUCUUUAUAUCGCCUAUACCGAACCAGUAAAUGGUGCCGAUCCAGCCACUCCAACUCUGACACAAGAGCAGGUCUGGAACGGCAUCAAAUUGAAGGCUAGAUGCCCUGAAGCAUUUAUCCCAUCUUUCGACGACUCUCGUGUCGUUGAAGAGCGCGAAAAUGGCUGCGUCAUUGUGAGAGAGGCUCAUGUUUCAGCGGAUCUUCACGAGUCUCCAAUGGCAGGGAAAUGGACCCGCGAGGAAUGCAGAUUACAUGCACCGGUAAAGACCUGCUUCACCCUUCCAGGUGGAUCUAUAGUCGAGAAUAUUAUCGCCAAAGGGCCGGAUCAGACUUUACAUCUCACCUUCACAUACGAAUGGCACCUGCCUGGUAUUGAACCUGGAACAAAUGAGGCCAAAAAAGCAGAGGAUGAUCACAUGAAAAUUGCAGUAUCUUCAGUUCAGGGGACCAUCACAGCAAUGAGAAAAAUGGCACAGGAAAACAGAAUAUGA